GAGCCAGCCUUUCGAUAUAAAAUGGCGGCUCUUCGUCUCCCGGUCCUUUCUUCUUCCCCAAAGAGCAGCACUUUGUCAGCAUGGGUUUCGGUGAUUUGAAAGCGCCCUCCGGCCUGAAAGUGCUGAACGACUACCUUGCGGACCGCAGCUACAUUGAGGGAUGUGUUCCUUCCCAAGCAGAUGUUGCCGUCUUUGAGGCGAUUGCAACACCACCCCAAGUUGCGCUUUGCCAUGCUCUCCGUUGGUACAACCAUAUGAAGUCAUACCAGAGCCAGAAGAACAGUCUUCCAGGUGUGAAGAAGCCUCUGGGACAGUACGGGCCAGCAGGUGUGGCCGACACCACGACGUGCGCUGCUUCUGCUGCGGUGAAGAAUGAUGACGACGAUGAUGACGAUAUUGAUCUGUUUGGCUCUGAUGAGGAAGAUGCAGAGGCUGUACGGUUGAAGGAAGAGCGCAUUGCGGCCUAUGCAGCCAAGAAAUCAAAAAAACCGGCCGUCAUCGCUAAAUCCUCUAUCCUAUUGGAUGUUAAGCCAUGGGACGACGAGACUGAUAUGGCGAAGUUGGAGGAGUGUGUUCGCAGUAUUCAGAUGGAUGGACUCCUCUGGGGACAAUCAAAACUAAUACCAGUGGGUUAUGGUAUCAAGAAGCUUCAGAUCAACUGUGUGGUUGAAGAUGAUAAGGUUGGCACAGAUAUUCUCGAGGAGCAAAUCACUGCGUUUGAGGAUUUUGUUCAGUCAAUGGAUGUUGCUGCCUUUAACAAAAUCUGAAAAGGAACUUGGAAAAUAAAGUAUUGAACGUUU